AAUAGUUAGGCUGGCAACCCUACUGAUAAGUAGCAAAAAUACGGCGUUUACUUUUCUUGUAAACUUUAAACUAAAAACUUUAACUUAAACAUGGAUUUCCAAAAUCGCGCCGGUGGCAAAACCGGUAGCGGUGGCGUCGCCUCCUGGUCGGAGACAAAUCGCGAAAGAAAAGAACGUCUACGGCAGCUGGCGCUAGAGACCAUCGACCUGAACAAGGAUCCGUAUUUUAUGAAAAACCAUCUCGGCUCCUAUGAGUGUAAAUUAUGCUUAACACUGCACAACAAUGAAGGUAGUUAUUUGGCGCACACACAGGGCAAAAAACAUCAGGAGAACUUGGCCCGACGUGCAGCCAAGGAAGCUAAGGAUGCGCCAUCUUCGCUUCUGGCGCCAGAGAAACCUCGCGUCGAGCCAAAAAAGUUUGUGAAAAUCGGUCGUCCCGGCUACCGAGUAACCAAACAGCGUGAACCCACCAAUGGCCAGCAGUCGCUACUCUUCCAAAUUGACUAUCCAGAGAUUAGCGACGGUAUUGUGCCCCGCCACCGCUUCAUGUCCGCCUAUGAGCAAAAGAUUGAGCCACCAGAUCGCAAAUGGCAGUAUUUACUGUUCGCUGCUGAGCCGUACGAAACAAUUGGGUUCAAGGUGCCAUCGCGGGAGGUGGAGAAAACGGAGGGCAAGUUCUGGACGCACUGGAAUCGCGACACCAAACAGUUCUUUUUGCAGUUCGCAUUCAAAUUUGAGCCGAAGAUACUGCCACCACCGCCACCAAAUUUGCAUCGCGCCCUGGGUCCACCAGCUGGAUUCCCCAUGCCGGGGCCACCGCGUCCGGCAAUGCAUCCCAUGUUCAAUGGAGUGCCGCCUCCACCACCCAUGUAACCGCAACAACUAUUAGUAUAAAGUAAUAAAACGCAAAUAAGUUUGUAUAGUUUUUCUUCUUUCUGGGAGUAGGGAGUAGGAUAAUCAGUCAAUAAACAGUGGCGAAACAAAUAUCACGAACAUUUUAAAAUACUACAUAAAAAAAAUCAGCUCAUUGUUAUAAGUCAUAACAUUUGCCUAACUCAAUUAACCAACAUUUGACAAAUAAAUAGUGUGUUGUUACCCCAUACGA